CACGAGGCUGAUGAUCCACGUUCCUCUCCACUCCAUGGCAAAGACGUUGCACCGUUUCGUUUUCGCUGAACAUGCUCAGGUGUCAUGAGAGGUUGAAGAGAGGAGCGAAGUCGUGCCGUGUUCACAGAUAACCCCACCAGCACCAUAACCGAAGGAACUGCCACUGCCCCAGGCAGGUCUUGUGCAGUACCUGGCUUGCUUUGGGUUCGACAAGCCGUCACGGCGUGCGGCAAGGUGCAAGUUAAGAUGGAGGUCGCGGAGAGUGAUGAGCUGGACCCGCUAUGGCAGGAUCUGGAUUGGGCUAUGGGGCAACUGUUCUUCAUGGGUUGGGAAGGAACCGAAGUCACGCCUCAGAUCCGCACGUUGAUCGAAGAUCACCAUCUUGGUGCUAUAUUGCUAACCACCAAGAACCUGAAAACCGCCCAAGAAACCGCAAGACUUGUUCAAGAGCUCCAAAGUAUUGCUCACCAGGCUGGCCACCCGGUCCCUCUCCUGAUCGCACUUGACCAAGAAAAUGGAGGUGUCAACAGUCUAUUCGAUGAGGACUAUAUCUGUCAAUUCCCCAGUGCCAUGGGAGUUGCUGCAGCUGGUUCUCCGGAGAUGGCAUAUGAGAUUGCCAAUGCAACCGCCAAAGAAGUCUCCGCUGUUGGGGUUAAUAUGAUUAUGGGUCCUGUUCUUGAUGUCUUGACCAACGCUAGAUACCAGCCUCUGGGAGUUAGAGCAACUGGAGAUGACCCUCAGGAAGUGUCCCAGUAUGGAAUUGCUGCUAUGAAUGGGUACAAGGAUGCCGGGCUCACUACUUGUGGGAAGCAUUUCCCUUCGUACGGGAACUUGGACUUCCUUGGAUCGUCACUCGAUAUGCCUAUCAUCACCGAGACUCUUGAGCAAUUGAGCUUAAGCGCUCUUGUUCCAUUUCGGAAUGCCAUCCGGGAUGGUUUGGAUGCCAUGAUGGUGGGUGGAUGUGCCAUGGCGAACACCAGUAUGAAUGUCAUGCACGCCUGCUUAAGCGAUCAAGUCGUUGAUGAUCUGCUUCGAAAUGAUCUUGGCUUUAACGGAGUGACUAUCUCUGAAUGCUUAGAGAUGGAUGCGCUAAGCCACGAUAUUGGAGUUCGCGGCGGAACAGUCAUGGCCGUGGAAGCAGGUUGUGAUCUCGUCCUUUUGUGUCGCUCAUUCGCUGUACAACAAGAAGCAAUAUCUGGUCUUAAACUCGGAGUUGAAAACGACAUGAUUUCUCGGGAACGAAUUAUGGUCUCUCUCAAGCGUGUUCUCAAUUUGAAGUCAAAAUGCACUAGCUGGAGCAAGGCUUUAAACCCUCCUGGCAUCAGCCUGCUGGCCACAUUGCACCCGAGCCAUCUCGCAUUAUCAACGAAAGCAUACGAUAAUUCCAUCACCAUUAUGAGAGAUAAAGGACAUCUACUACCACUAUCAAACACGUUGUAUCCGGACGAAGAAUUGCUUCUUCUCACACCUCUCGUCAAGCCUCUCCCCGCUUCUGCCGCCACGAAAGCACUUACAGAAUCUACUCGGUCAGCAGCCAACGAAAAUGAUAAAUGGCAACACCGAUCAUCUAUCAUGAGUGGCGAAGGAGUGUUCCGCGAACUCGGACGCUCUCUCGCUCGUCAAAGGCAUGGCAAACUUCUGCAUACAUCAUACACAGCGAAUGGUGUACGGCCUGUACAUGAGAACCUCAUCAAUAGAGCAGCAGCAAUUAUCAUUAUCACUGCUGAUGCGAACCGAAAUCUCUACCAGAAUGGGUUCACGAAGCAUGUCGCUAUGAUGUGCUCUAUGUUAUCGGCAGGAGGCAAGAAAAAAUCCCUCAUCGUCGUCUCCGUGUCUUCACCCUACGAUUUCGCUAUGGACAAGUCAAUAGGAACUUAUGUUUGCACAUUCGAUUUCACUGAAACAGCAAUGAGCGCCCUAGUACGAGCACUCUUUGGGGAAUUUGUGCCUCAAGGAACACUUCCUGGGACUCUGAGGAAAAGUAGGAAGGUGCAGAAGUCGAGACAGAACUGGUUGGUUGAGAGCUGGAACAGGGAUCGUGAUCACAGGGGUUUGCUAGCACUCAUCAAAACUAUCGAGAAGACUAUGCCUCCAGGAACACAGUCAGGGCUAUCGGGCGCAACGGCUGCCUCCUUCGAGAUCUCUCAAGCCCUUUCCCCACCCCACGAUACAAUCCAGCAGCAACACUUCGUAGUCCGUAAUUCCAGUACACAAGCCCUGUUUGGAUUCUGCUCAACUUACUACCACGUACCCACCUCCCACGGCAUAAUCUCAUCCCUUUUCGUCGACCCAUCUAAACGCAACCUCUCCAUCGGACACUCCCUCCACCAACGAGCUCUCCGCUCCCUCCUCUCCCGGCCCUCCAUCAAAACCCUCCAACUCGGCUCCUCCCUCCCAACAAUCUACCCCGGCAUCCCCAUGUCCGACCUCACCGAAGGCGCCCGCCUCAAACGCUGGUUCGCCGCCAACGGCUGGGACAUCUCCUCCCCACGCCUCCUCUACACGCUCACAAUCCGCAACCUCCUCACCUGGCAAGCACCCGAAGGGCUCCUCCCCUCCAUCCAACGCGUCAGUUUCAAAUUCGACCUAAUCGCCGGCCGCGAGAACGCCGAAACCGUCCUCGACCUCGUCAAAGCGAAUGCAGGACCAGAAGUCCUCGCUCUAUAUCACCUCGCGCUGGCGGACGAGUCGUGCGGUAUCGUGAGGGCUAAGUCACCCGUGGAUGGGAGCCUUGUAGGCGCCGUCAUCAUCACACGUCCGAACUCGAAUCUCUCAACAUAUAUCCCAGUGCUCAAACCAUCACCAGCAACCACUUCUCCCUCCCUGAAUGGAAGUAGUGGAGAUAACAUGAACGGCGUAGGCGGUAUCCUCGCACCCGUCGUGCCGAAUAGUCCUCAAGCUGCUAUCGUGCUGCAGGGUCUGGCGCUCCUAGGUAUCAGGCAGAAUAAAGCGCAUCGGGCGGCGGCGUGUGUGUUGUGCUGGGUGCAGGGUGAGGAGAGGGAUGUGUUGCUGGGAAUGGGCUUUGAUGUGCUGGAUGCGUUUGAGGAGGUUAGGUGUCCUGCUGAACGGUUCAGCGAGUUGAGUCUCGGUUGAGUGUCCAUGUUUGCGAAACAGAACUCGGACUCAGGUACUCGAUUCGGCUGGGUUGGGCUGGCUGGUUGGUCGGUUAGCGAACCGAGGGAACAAAGGGGAAGAGGAAAGGGGCUUGCAUUAUUUACAUGCAGUACCCGGAAGAAGUAA